AUGCAGCGCAGCGUGGGGAUGCAAUGUGGGCCUGCAUCGAAGCAUGCAGUCCGGAUGCCGGAUGGCGAAGAACUCCCUCUUCGACCGUCGCGAAGCGGAGCAUCUCACGUCGACCGUCGCGACCGUCAGGAUCGCAUUUUUAUGCAAGUUCCUCCUCGAGGACCUCCGAUGACGCCCGCACAGGAAGAGCUUUUGAUGCCUGUGGGAUGCGAUGCAUGUGGCAAUGUGAAGGCUCGAUUGAAGUGCAAGAAGUGUGAAAGCGCGCUCUAUUGUGAUGAGAUCUGCCAACUCCGAGCUAGGCCGCAGCACAAGCUGAAGUGUAAGUCUCCGAAGGCGCUUUUUGACAGCUAUGACGAAGAGGAGAAGCUGCAAGCGCAGGCACUGAAGCAGGAAAAGGAGAGGUCAAAGCAUGCUGUACUGGCUGCUACAUUGAAGAACUUCUUGCAGCGAACUCCUGUUGAGGCGGAACAAACUGGAGCUGACGACAAAAGACCUGAGUGGCUUCGUCGCAAAGUGGCGCAGAAGAGCAAAGAUGAGCCAGUGGUGAGUAAAGAUGAUGACCAAGUCCAGAAGGAAGUCAAGAGCUUCCCAGAUGAACCUCUACCUAACGCCACGUUGCAACCACCGUCCUCACCGUGUGAAGAACCACCGUCCUCGGCUGAGUACAUUUCGAUUCCUGGGGCAGACGUGAACAUGCCCCGCUUGGUGUUGGGCACUGGAGGACAUCGAACACUACAGGAGACGGAGGGAAGGGCGGCCAUUCUGGCAGCGCUCAGAAUGGGUUACAGAGGCAUCGACACUGCUGAAAUGAAUCGGAACUUGCUUGACGUUGCCUGGGCGCUUAAACGAUCUGGGCUGAAGAGAGAGGAAGUGUUUCUCAUCGUGAAGAUUCCUCCAUGGAGCCACGGCUAUGAGGAGACCAAGUUCUCUUUGCAUCGUCAACUGGAGCAACUCCAGGUUCAAUAUGCCGAUUUGUUGCUGGUGCACUGGCCUCAUGCUUGGAGUCCGGAGCAGAAGGACUGGGAUUUGAUGCAAUGGCGGGCGGUUGCACGAUGGAGAGCCAAGCGAGCGCGGGGGACUUGGGCUGCUAUGGAAGAGCUCUACAGAUCAGGAAAGGCCAGGGCCAUUGGUGUCAGCAAUUACACGAUCGAGCACCUCGAGCAACUGCUCAGUUCCAGCAACAUUUCUCCAAUGGUCAUGCAAGGAGAAUCGCAUCCUCACUGGAGCAACAAGUCAGUUCGUGAUUGGUGCAGGAAGCAUGAGAUCCUCUUCCAGGGCUAUGCUCCUUUCGGCGGACCCAAGACGGAGCUCAGUGGAAACCAUCGAGCUGUGAAUGAUGAAUUUGUCCAACAAGUGGCAGAUCGGAAUCACUUGUCUGUCUUCCAGGUGUGCAUGCAGUGGAACCAAAGCCGAAACUCCAGCACAGUACUGCAGUCUUCCAAUGUGGAUCAUUUGCGUGAGAACUUUGCCGCCUGCAAAGGCAGCGUUUGCUCUCCCAAGGAUUUUGGGGGCAUAGAUGAGCGAGCCAAAGAGCAUUUGAAGUACGGCCCCUGCUACUGGGGUCACAACGAUAUGGAUUACAUGAAUCCUUGGAAGGAUGAAGAGAAGUUGAUGGAAGCUUUAUCUCGACGCUUCGGUCGCAGUGAGAUGCUGGACAAGUGGUCGCAGGAGAUGCUCCAACACACAAGCCUUGCGACCGUGGUAGCGGACUUGGAGGAUGCCACACUGCAGUGCUUACACCACUUGCCGGACUUGAGGACUUCGAUCCAUGCCUAUCAGCCCCCAGCGGCUGAGGCCGCGGCCGCCUUCCAGGUGCUCACGGCUCAACUUCGAAGCGUGAACACACAACUCACCAGCACGACCGACUCCAUCGUGCCGAUGCAAUUCGUCAUGGCGCUGCGCCAGCGCUUUCCCAGGUUUGCAGAGAUGCAAAAUGGCGCCUAUAUGCAGCAGGACGCGGACGAGUGUCUGCGUGGUUUGCUCACCUCAUUGGCCACCACCCUGCCAGGCAGCAGCGAAAGCUCUAACAGGGUGGACGAACUUUUUGGCUAUCGACUGAAAUCCUCGCUGAAGUGCUUGGAAUGCGAUGAAGAGCCUCCACAGGAGAGUGAAGAGUUGACACGGGUUUUGAUGUGCCACCUGGGUACUCAGACGGAGCCGGUGUCCCACAUCACUCAAGGGGUUCAACUUUCCUUGAAGGAACACAUUGAAAAGAACUCCCCGGUCUUGGGCCGCAAUGCGCAGUAUGAGAAGACCUCGACGCUGGAAAGCCUGCCGCCCUACCUCAUUGUGCAGUUCGCACGCUUCGGGUACAAGGGCGCCAACGAGUGGGCCGGCACCAGCGCGGCGAAGGUGAAGCUCACGCGAAAAUGUGCCUUCACGCACACCUUCGACAUCUUGGAGUGCGCCUCCGACGAUCUCAAGAAGAAGCUCUCGGUGGGGCGUUUGCGGAAGAAGGAGGUGGAAGAUGCUGAACUGGAACGGUUGAAGAAAGCCUUGGACAAGAGUGCCAAGGAUGAAGAUGUCGAGAUGAAGCCCGUGGAGGAUGCAGCAGCAGCGGCUGCGGUGGGCGUGGAGGAGCUGGACACUGGCUAUUACCAGUUGGUGGGGAUCAUCUCGCACAAGGGCCGCACCGCCGAUGGAGGCCACUAUGUUGGAUGGACCUUGCACAAGAAGGCCGAUGGCAAGGACCUCAAGGAUGAUCAGUGGGUGCUCUUUGAUGAUGAUGAAGUCAGCUUUGUGAGCUGGAAAGAUAUGACAGGGAUGAGCACAGACUUGUGCGGUGGCAAGGCUGACACACAGAUCGCUUACAUCAACAUCUACAAGAAGGUCACCGUUGCUGCCGACCCCGGGCAGUCUUUGGGUGCAGCCUCUUCAACUGAAAAGGAAGAAGAUGUGAAGAUGGAAGCUGGAUAUUCCUGA